AUGUCGCAUUCCCCUCCUCCCAUCAAUCCAUUGUCUCCUAAGCAGCAGGAUGCUCGACGAAGACCUUCUAACCCAGUAACUCUACCCUACGAUACACAGGGCAUGCAAGGGCGAGCUCAGGAACAGCUUGCUUACUCCCACGAACACCAGCACCAUCUGCAAGGACCAGUCAGUGCGACAACAAUCUCAUCCUCAGAGAACGAAAAGUUUCCUGCGCCGUUUCCGUCCACUAACAAUGGGGAUAAUUCGUAUUCCCACCUGACACAAAUCUCCGCAACAGCUCCGGGAAGCCAACGGUCACCAUUUGCUACGCAGCCGUCAUUCCUGCCACCACAACUUCCUAGACGAACAAAGUCGCAUGUGGCCUCUGCAUGCGUCAAUUGCAAAAAGGCACAUUUGGCCUGUGAUGUUCGACGACCUUGCCCUCGAUGUGUCAGUCUUGGCAAGCAGGACAGCUGUAGGGAUGUACAACAUAAGAAACGUGGUAGGCCAAGAUUGCGGGAUGAGAGAACUCACAGCUUCGAGGUCGGGCAAAUUGGCUCAAUACAAUCCCACAGAGCGGAGACUGUUGUUUCACCUCUUUCAUCGCCUACUGCGAUUACGGCACCAUAUCGGACAGGUGGCCAAAAUGCGGGCUAUUUCGAUGACAGGCCAUCCCCCAUAACCCUAGGUUUAAUUUACCGUCGCCGGUUCCAAAUGCAAUUGCAUACCUCACGACUGAUCUAG